UGAAUCAGAAGUCGCGCGUUACUUCAUAAAUAGAGAGAGAGAGAGAGAGAGAGAGUUGUACAGGUCAUGAAUAUUUGGUGCUGAAACUUGAAUUGAGCUGAAGAAAGAAAAACAUCGACUGUCGUUGUGGCGUCUUUGUUUUCUUCUCAAUAGUUGGACGAGACAUUACUAAGCAAGAGUUUCUCAAGUGACUGACAUCUUAUCCACAAAGCAGGCGAUUCAUAUCUGUAGCCUGUUCUGCAGACAAAACUAUGGCUUUUAUGUUCAAACACAUGAUAGGAGGGCAGCUGAAGGAUCUUACCGGGGGUCUAGCAGAAGAAAAAGCAGAAGGAGAACAGUCAGAAGCUGCAGGGAAGGGAAUGACACAAGAAGAGUUUGAGCAAUAUCAACAACAGUUGGCGGAGGAGAAGAUGGAGCGGGAUGCCAGCUUUGCCCAAAAGAAAGCUGAGCGAGCCACAGUCAGGAGCCACUUCAGGGAAAAAUAUCGCCUUCCAAAAAGUGAACUGGACGAGACACAAAUUCAGGCUGCGGCAGAUGACGUGGAGUUGCCCACAGAGCUGGCCAAGAUGAUCGCCGAAGACAACCAGGAGGAGGAGCACAAGCAGUCUGUCCUGGGUCAGCUGACCAACAUUCAGAACGUAGAUAUAGACCAGCUAAAAGAAAAGGCCCAGUCCACCAUCGAAGACCUUAAACAGUCUGCUGAAAAGUGUGAGGUCAUGUAAUACACAGAGCUGGACUGCUGAUUGAGGAUCCAGAUGUUUUUCUGUAUAUGAUCCAUAAACAGCAUACCUAUAAUGAGUUGAAUCUCUGAUUCAUGAAAGACAAGCGCCUACCCAAAGCCAAGCAAUCAUAUAUAAAUUUGAAGUGUGUCUGUUGAGAUCGCAAAUAAUGUUUGCUACA